AAAACGGGUGGGAGAAAAAAGUAAGACGAAUAGCUGUAGCUUCGCCGGUGGAGCGGUUGCGUGUGUCUCCACGUAUUUGUUCAUAAGAAAACGGUUUUAUUGUGUUUUUAUUUGAUUGUGUGAUUCGAUAACGGAACUGGGACGUGGUAAGACGCGUUUAAAUCGCUUGGAGUGACCGGUUAUACGUCGUGAUAUCUGUGUUUUUGGUGAUCAGAUCGAUCAGACUGUUUUUUGGGGGCAGAAAACACGUCCUGUCUGGGUUUUGAUAAAGUAACAGGUGGAUAGCGGUGUGGAUUAAAAGCUGCUGCGAUGAGCCAUUUGGACGCAGUGGAUCGAGUCGAGCUGUGUGAGAGUCUCCUAACAUGGAUCCAGACGUUUGGUGUGGAAGCGCCGUGCAAAACAGUGGAAGACCUGACGAGUGGCGUGGUCAUGGCUCAAGUUCUGCAGAAAAUAGACAUAGCGUACUUCAGCGACAGCUGGAUAAGCCGCAUCAAGUCUGAAGUGGGUGAUAAUUGGAGGUUAAAGAUCAGUAACCUAAAGAAAAUAUUAAAAGGCAUUUUGGAUUACAACCAUGAGGUUCUGGGACAGCAGAUUAAUGACUUCACCCUGCCUGAUGUCAAUCUGAUCGGGGAGCACUCGGACGCAGGCGAGCUCGGCCGCAUGCUGCAGCUGAUACUCGGCUGCGCUGUCAACUGUGAACAGAAGCAAGAGUACAUCCAGACCAUCAUGAUGAUGGAGGAGUCCGUGCAGCAUGUCGUCAUGACAGCCAUUCAGGAGCUGAUGAGCAAAGAGACACCAGUUGCGGCAGGAAAUGACUCCUACGCUGAUCUGGACAGGCAGCUGAAGAAGACGGUGGAGGAGCUGAACGAUGCUCUGGCUUCUAAAGAGGAGAUCGCUCAGCGCUGCCACGAGCUGGACAUGCAGGCGUACCUCGUCCAAGAGGAGCGUGAUAGGCUGAGAUUAGAGUUUAUUGAACUAGAGGAGAGGGUGGCGGCUCUGCAGGAGGAGAAGAGCAGCCUGCUUGCUGAGAAUCAGGUCCUGAUGGAGCGUCUCAACCAGUCCGACUCCAUCGAGGACUUGAACAGCCCGGCCGGGAGGCGGCACCUCCAGCUUCAAGCACAGCUGGAGCAGCUGCAGGAGGAGACGUUUAGGCUCGAGGCGGCUAAAGACGACUACCGUAUUCGCUGUGAGGAGCUGGAGAAGGAGCUCCUGGAGGUCAAAGGUCAGAACGAGGAGCUGACGUCUCUGGCUGACGAAGCUCAGUCCCUCAAAGAUGAAAUGGACGUCCUGAGACACUCGUCUGAUAAGGUGGCGAAGUUGGAGGCGCAGGUGGAGUCGUAUAAGAAGAAGCUGGAGGAUCUGGGGGAUCUGCGCAGGCAGGUGAAGCUGCUGGAGGAGAAGAACACCAGCUACAUGCAGAACACCGUGAGCCUGGAGGAGGAGCUACGCAAAGCUAACACGGCCCGCGCCCAGCUGGAGACCUACAAGAGACAGGUGGUCGAGCUCCAGAACCGGUUGUCCGAGGAAUCCAAGAAAGCCGACAAGAUGGAGUUUGAGAGCAAGCGACUGAAGGAGAAGGUGGAUUCGCUUCAGAAGGAGAAAGACCGGAUGAGGACGGAGCGCGACUCUCUGAAGGAGACGAUCGAGGAGCUGCGGUGUGUUCAGGCCCAGGAGGGUCAGCUCACCUCAGUAGGUCUGGUUCCACUGGGCAGCAGCGAGGCCUCGGAUUCACUUGCGGCAGAAAUUGUGACCCCAGAGAUCCGGGAGCGAUUGAUCCGUCUGCAGCAUGAGAACAAGAUGCUGAAGCUGAAUCAGGAGGGAUCGGACAACGAGCAGAUCGCGCUUCUCAAGAGUCUGCUGGAGGACGCAAACGCCAGGAAGAACGAGCUGGAGACGGAGAACAGGUUGGUGAAUCAGAGGCUUUUGGCUGGUCAGAGUCAGGUGGAGGAGCUGCAGAAGAGUUUACAGGAGCAGGGCUCGAAAGCAGACGAUGCCUGUCUCAACUCGAGCCCUCUUUUCUCUCUCUCACACUCACUCCUUCCUCAGGCGAUUUCGGUUCUACUGAAGCGGAAGUGCGAGGAACAUUUAGAGAAAUUGAGGGACGCAUCCAACGAGCUGCAGAAAAAGAGCGCCAUCAUCGAAGACCUGGAGCCCAAAUAUAACGCGAGUGCUCAGAGGAUUGAGGAACUGGAGGAGGCUCUGAAGAAGAAGGAUGACGAGAUGAAGCAGAUGGAAGAGAGAUAUAAGAAAUAUCUGGAGAAAGCAAAGAGUGUCAUUCGGACUUUGGACCCCAAACAGAACCAGGGUUCAGCUCCUGAGGUUCAGGCCCUGAAGAACCAGCUACAGGAGAAAGAGAGAAUGCUGCACUCACUGGAGAAAGAGUACGACAAGGCGAAGUCUCAGCGAGAUCACGAGGAGAAACUGAUUGUAUCUGCCUGGUACAAUAUGGGCAUGGCUCUCCAGAAGAAGGCAGCGGAGGACCGUUUAGCCAGCACAGGAUCAGGUCAGUCGUUCCUGGCACGUCAGAGGCAGGCCACCAGCACACGGCGCUCGUAUCCAGGCCACGUGCAGCCCGCCACAGCCAGUGAUGUAAAGGCAUGAGCGGCCAGUCGAGGCGGCGCGGCUGCAUGAUGGCGCUGCUUGCAUGACCGAUUUUGCUCUUAAUAACACCUCAACACACACUAACACCUCCCGCUCGGGGUCCGCUUUCAUCAGCAUGCUUGUGUUGCGUUUGUGAUCCUCCGCUAUCCCAGCAUGCAACAGUCACCGACUGUCUGUGGGCGGGGCCUGAAGGUUACUGGAGAGUGGCGUAAUAAGUGUUACUGUGUAUGAAUAUGAAGCAGACUGGCAAACUGUCUCUAGGUCAAAACAUUGUUAUUAACUCCUUUUUUUUUUGCAUAUUUAUUAUAAUUUUUUUUUUAAUCUUAGACCCUUCUUAAUUUGAAUGAAGUGUUUUUUUUUUUUUUUUAUUUUAUGACCCUUGUGAACAAAACAUCUCUGCACAGCUUCGGCCUUCAUAACACUGUGUUUAAUUUCAUUUUCCUCGAACUCACAGAGUUGCUGCUUUGCAGAAAAGUUAUUUACAUUACAUUUCUUCCUGACGAGAGACAGUAUUAGGAGGUAAAAAAAAAAGGUCAUUAAGGAGAAAUAAAGAAAUAGAAAGCCUAUAACUCAUUGAUGUGCAUAUUAGAGACCUAGCAACAGGAAGUGCAGCACUGAAAAACAGAUCAUAGAAGACCAGUAUUUAUUUCCAAAGGUUUUAAAGGUCUUAUUCUUUAACAUAUGUGACUCUAGAAUAUUAUUUUUUUCUCAGCAAAUUCUGCUUAACUAAUCUUUGUUAAAAAAUGAGUCCAUUUGAUCAAGCUUAGGCUGCUUUCACACUUUUCCUCUCCCGUAGAAUUACAGGAGUGCAGAAUAAAAGUGCUGCCGUCUAUGGUUUUUUUUGGUCAAAGCAAAGCAUUCAAAGUUGAAAAAAAGUCCAAUUAAAAAAAAAAAAAAAAAAGUAGAGAGUUACAUCAAGUGCUUUUUUACCUCUUGUCCAAUCAGAUUGUUUGGGGGCCAUGCAAGAAAAAAAACAACAACAUGGAGGACAAAGUAUUGGUGAAAAAAAUGAGCCUUAUUAGUGAGAGAAUAUAUUGAGAUUUAUGACAUGUUGAAUUUAAAUAUUUCCAACAUUCCAAUUUUACAAAAAAUAUUUAUAUAUCAAAAAAUAUAAAUAAUAUAUAAUAUAAAUUAAAUAAAAAACUUGAGUAUGUUUUGGGUCCUACUUAAUCUAUUACUGAUAAUACUACGUCUAGCGAUCUAGCUAUGUUAGUUGCAUAGCUGAUACUAGCUUGGAUUUGUAAUAUUGUUGUUAUUGUGACAGAGUGAACAUCACGUGAGCCGUGUUUUUUUUUUUUUUUUUUUUUUUUUUUUUAAAAUAAGCACAUAUGGCACUCCGGCCAGCACUAGUUCUAGGGGGGAAAAAAGCAUGAAAGCAGCCUAAAGUAGCUAGCGGAGAAAACUGGCUAGCUAACUUGGCUAGAUAACGAACGCUCGAGUGCUCUAACUCUUAACUCUUUGUGUUAUGUUACAUUUUUUAUUAAAUAAGUUUACAUUGCAUAAACGACAAAGAAGGAUGACCGUCAGUAUGACGUCAUCAGCUGUCUAGGCCACUAAUAUGUUCGUCUGUGCUACAGAAAGGUCAUUUGUGCAGUCAGUGGUGUUGCAGAUGAGCAGUAAGGGGCGUGUCCAGGUUUAUUAAGCAUUUUUACCUCAGAUCGAAUGACAACUCUAUGGACUAAUACAGUAAAAUGUGUGCUGGUUAUUAGUCCUUAAACUUUCUCUGCUGCUUCUUUUGUCUCAGCUGUUACAUGUCAUGACGUCCAUUUUAUGCAAUACAGCGCCAUUUUGUACUGUUACAACAUGAUUUAUUUUUUUUUUAAAUAUAGAUCUAUUUAGUGUAAGAUUUGUAAGGGCGUUUGUGAAUUGAUGAGUGCACAACGUAUGAACUAGACAGCAGUGUUAGCUUAUUUAAAAUGAAAUUAAAAAGAAAAAUUCACAUCCACAACCGUCCAUUAAGAGAAGAUCUACACCUCGGUCAAACCCUUGUUACAGAAAAAGCAGAAAAAACAAUGACAUUUUGGUCAACUUUCUGAAGUAUUAUGGUUGGUGUGUAUUUUUUAAUGCAUAGGAAGAUGUUAUGUUUAGUCGAAGUAGCAAAUAAUCUUUCCAUUUGCCAAGUUUUAUAUUGCUUGUAUACAGUAUGUACAUAAGCUCUGUGUAAUACAGUGGAGGAAGUUCCUGCUCAUUAGUUUAUAUAUAUGUUAAAAAAAAGGAAGAAGAUGUUUGAUUUAGAUGAAUUAUACGCCGUGGCUCAGUUUGAAAUUCGAGGGAAAAAUGUGCUUCCUACGCUGCAAAAAUGUACAGUUGGUAAUCAAGUUGUAAAUAAAGCUUGUAUAAAACUGA